AUGCCGAUGUUCUUAGUGAACACCAACGUUCCUCUCUCCGAGCUCACUCAGCAGCUGGCGCCGGCCACUGGCAAGCCAGCGCAGUACAUCGCGGUGCACGUGGUCCCGGACCAGCUCAGGGCCUUCGGGGAUCAACCGAGGCGUGCGCACCUCUGCAGCCUGCACAGCAAAAUCGGCAGCGCACAGAACCGCACCUACAGCAAGGUGCUGUGUGGCCUGCAGGCCAAGCGCCUGCGCGUCAGCCCCGACAGGAUCCACAUCAACUACUAUGACAUGAAAGCGGCCAUGUUGGGUUGGGGGUCUUCCUCU